UCAGGUGAAGUGUCUUCCUGUAGCUUUGCGUUUUCUGGCAGCAUGCAUGAGUCGUUUAUUUAUAAACCGCCAGGUGAGGUCGGCCGGACUGCUUUGUUCACAUGCGCUGUAGUGCGGUACAUAGCCUGGUGACUAGGCCCAAACGUCGUGGGUAUGCUCGGUGAUGCCACUGCAAAAUUCAGUCCCUCUUUGGCAGUGAACUUAUAGUAUCCCCGGACAUAAGAUGCUUUGUUUUUUUUCCUCAAACUUGACAGAUUCUAUAUGCACUUACAUUUGCAUCGGUCGAUGUUUACGUUUAAACGUUGACGCACCAUGGACGCCGCCAUGUUUGUUGAGUGUCAUGACCUACGGCCUCCUAUCUGAUGUCUUAUUGGACAGUUCACGUCACGUGAUUAUUGCUACACUCCGCAUCCUACCAUGUCACAUCAUUGCAAACAGCAAGCGUUCAUCAAAGCCUUUGACGUAGUCUCUCUAUGGAGAAAGAAGAACGCACGAGGGCCACUGUCCAAUUGCACCUUCAAUGACAUUAUGAACAGACCUGGAGUUGUGUUACUGACGACGGCCAAUCUAGGCUUUCUCGAUAUGACGAUAAAUAUGCUGGCGAGCAUAAAAAAGAUCGGUAUUUGUGUUUACACCGUGAUUGUUGCAGAGGACAAGAACGUUUACAGGUAUCUGCGAAGGAGAACCGAGAUUGAUCCAGCAAUACACGUGGUGAUGACUGACUCCGGUGAAGUGCAAAGUGACCUGGUGAUGAGCACCGAUCACCACCGUUACUUCAGCUUGUUAAAGAAGCGCCAGGGAUAUAUUCUUAGACUUCUGGAUCAGAACCUGGAGGUUCUCUUCACAGAUUCCGACACCUUUUGGUUCCAAGAUCCCCUUCCGUACUUCCAAGGAGACUUCGAUAUGUCUAUGAUGGAUCCCAGGUCGCCUUAUCCGACUAGAACUAACAAGUCACACUACUGUGCUGGUUUUGCUUACUAUAAGCCAACCACGGUGACGCUUCAGUUUGUUAAGAAAUGGAUUACAUUUAUGGAAGGGAAGGACUAUAUGGAUCAGAGCGUCAUGAACAAACUCUUGCAAGAAGAUCAACCGGUGCACGUCAACAUCAAGCCACUCGACAUUAAACUAUUCCCACCAGGGCCCAAGUUUUACGAGUUCCUGGAGAAGAACGCCAGCUACUCCGCGGUUGUUAUGCACGCCGCCAGUAUCCGUGGGCACGAUGCCAAGGUGCGAAGAUUCAAAAGUUCCAACAUGUGGUUGGUCAAUAAGACCAGUGACGAACUGGUAGCCCUUGAGCAUUCUCUCAAUGUUUGAUAACGAGCAAAUAUUAUUUUCCUGAUUUAACCUGGUACUUAAAUUUGAAUAGUAUACAAAUAUUGAGUGGCUCUGCGUGGAAUGGGAGGAAUAUUAUCGCAAGGUAAAAU